GCCCCAAAAUAACCCCGCGGACUCACAUUUGUGUGGCGAAGUGGCUUUGAACCGAGACAAUUCAAUUAUUUGUACGUGUGCAGCGUUCGGAGGCAUCGGUUUGUACACGCGCAGAGGCAUAGCACGCUAAGAACCAUAUUCUUUCCCUGCCGCAUCAAAGAAGGGAUUCAGCAAGCUAUCAGAGGAAGAUAAGCAAAAGUUCUUGGAGAAGAAAGCAACCAUGGAAGAAGAACAACGGCGUCGAAGACAGGAGCUCCUGUCUAUCUUCUUGAAGAUCAAGUUGACAAAGGAGGAGGAGAUGACGAGGACAAACACACAUAAACUGAACGACAGGUGGAGAGCGAUCAUGCGGGAUAAAAAGUCUACGGAGCUUCAGGGCGAAAUAGAGACGCUUCGCCAGGUGUUCGAGUCUCAGUUGGAUAAGCGCGAGGAGACCAUCCGCAGGCUGUUCAAGGAGAUCGAGGACGGAGACGAGCAGCGCAACAUCGCCGUUCGCACCCACAUCGAGAACCUGGAGCGGAUUAUAGACCAGCACCGGGGCCACCUGCGCGAGGCGCGCGCCACUUUUGACGAGCGGCUGGGCGCCGUCGGCUCCCACUACGACCGAGAGCUGCGCGGCAUUGACGACCUGCAGGACACCGACACGCAGAAGCUGGCCGACAUCCUGCACAAGAUCGACUGCGACAUGUCCGAGGCCGACAAGGAGGCCAGGGCGGAGUUCCAGAGCAAGAAGGAGGAGAUCAAGAACAAGAACAUCGAGGAGCGGCAGGGCUUGAAGCUGUUUCUGGAGGGCGUCAUCGAGGGCCUCUGGGACCGCUUCCAGAAGACGCUCAGGGCGUACUACGAGGACACCGAGAGUCGGAGAAAGGCCUUCUACGACCUGAAGGCCCGCGAAGAAAACUCUGUGGAGGUGAUCGCAAAUCAAAGCAAGAAAAUACAAAAUCUACAGGAGGACAUAGGCCGGCUGCGGGCGCGGCUGGCCGGUGGCGCCAAGGAGCACACGCGCCGCACCAGCAGCCUGAAGGAGGACCGCACCAGCAUGAAGCUGUACCUGCGCCGCGUCAAGACCGAUGUGGCCGCGCAGCGCCAGCUCGAGGAUCACAGGAUGAAGCAGCUGACCGUCAUCACCAGCGAGGUCAUCAAGCAGCUUGAGCUUCGAGAGCGGGAAGCUGACCAGAUCAUGAAGCUGUCCGAAUGCUGUCGAAAACUGGAGACGGAGGAGCAGAAGAUCAUGCCGUUCAAAGAGGCGCCGCUAACGCCGGAGGAGCAGCGCGCGCUGGAGGCGGCCAUGGAGGAACCCAGCGACGAGCCGCUAGCAGAGGCGCUGCGCGAGUACGGCGCCCUGGAGAACUUCUGGCGUCGUUACAACACGGCGCUGCUGGACAAGACGGCCAUGACGCUGCAACGUGCCGACCUGCGCGCCGAGAACCAGCAGCUGCAGCAGAUGCUACGCGACUACAUGGAGAACCUGCGGGCCGGCACUGUCACCAAGGCCGAGGGCAUUCUGCCACAGACGCGGCAGUCCAGUCUGUCGGUGGUGGAGCCCGGCCGGCGUAGCAGCACGGCCAACAUCAUCGAGGCGGCCCACGUGGCCAAGAACCUGGUGCAGGCGUGCUCCAUACUGCCGCCCUGCCGCUUCUGAGUGAGCCGCGCCAGACCGGCCGACGGCGCGGCCCGGCACCGCCUCCGGAUAUUUGGCUCCAGCGGGGCUGGCGGAGGUGUGCGGACCGCCUGGGGUACAGAUGGCACCAUGUGUGGCCUACCAUGGGAUAGGUGGCGCUGGUCGAUCACGUGCUGCCAACGGUGGGCCGGUGGAGAGGGGGUGCGGGUGUGGAACUGGUAGUUUGUAUGACUUUUUCCGACCGUUUCCCGCGCAGGAAGAAAUCAUUUCGUUGUAUGGUUUUUGUACUGUCCUCUGUCUUUUUGCACUUCUUUUCUUUCCGUUGUUUGGUAGGUCUUUGUCGUAUGAGAGGCAAAUCAUCUGAAAACUUGUUUAUUAAAUCAGGUUUUGUGCAAACAAAAUCGGUAAACAUCUAGUGCAAUUACACAAACAUAAAACAA